AUGCGAGCGGGUUUCUUCUCAGUCGUUGAAAAAAUGAAAGCUAGUCUCUCCAGAAACACCAGAAGGGCAUGCCCGCUGACGACCGCGCAACAGCUAGCGAUCAUUUCUUUGGCGAUGGGAAAUCGUGUUUUGAUGGAGACAGGAUUGCCGGGUAUCGUGGGUGCCAUAGACGGUAAUCACGUCGGCAUUCCGAAACUUAGCAUAGAUUCAUGUUCUUAUGUCAACAGAAAGGGUUUUGCCAGCAUUAAUCAGCGGCAAUCGUGA